AUGGCUAGUGAGACCUGGGAAUCAGGUAACUCGAUGGAGUUGUCCUUGGAACAUUUUGGAGUGCCGGAAUUUGGUUGGAGAGUGCCACUGGACUACGAGUUCCCAGAGAAAUGGGGGCCACUAAAGGGACUGCGAUUCUUUGAACUGAUCAAACUUAUCCCGACGUUCUUCAGGUAUCUUAAAUUCGUGUGGAAAAUGUGGAUGCUUGGACGCCGACCAUUCAUCGAUAUUGUGCCAAUCCCUUUUAAAACACUGUACGGGGUUCCCAUCGGCGGGAUAGGCUGUGGGGCAAUCAACAGAGGUUGGAAGGGUGAGUUCUGUCGAUGGUCCCUCACACCGGGUAUAUACACCUACAACGUAGUGGAAGUGAACCAGUUUAUAGUCAGGAUCCAGAGGCCCAAUCAGCCAGUGUACCAACAGGUCUUGUACCCCGGAAAAGUUUCCAACAAGCACCUCACUCAGUCCUGGCAGUGGCAUUUCCCUGGUGAUCGAGCUCACUACCACGGCCUGUAUCCACGAGCAUGGACUGUGUACAGGAUACCAGAGCAAGAUGUCACACUUGUGUGUCGGCAGGUCUCAUCCGUAUUUCCAAAUGAUUAUAAGGACACCUGUCUUCCUGUGGGUGUGUUUGUUUGGGAGGUCGAUAAUCAUGCUUCAACCCCGGUCGAUGUCAGUAUCAUGUUCACGUGGCAGAACGGGAUUGGUGCACCGAGCGAUAAAAACGGAAGCCGUUGGAAUGAAGGGUUCUGCAACAAGGAUACGGAAGGUUCCUGUGAGGGUGUGUUGCUGCAUGAUGACAAGUCCUCCAUGAGAUGCACCAUGGCUGUAGCUGCAGCCAAUCAGGAGGGAGUCAAGGUCUCAUACUGUACAGAUUUUGAUCCUAACACCAGUGCUGAUGAAAUUUGGGAGGACUUACUGGAAGAUGGGCAUCUUAACUCCUCAGCAGUGCCAACUUACGAGACGGAGGAGGGUGAGCUGACAGCAGCAGCAGUCUGUGCAUCUGAUCGAGUGGCCAAGAAGAGUCGAGGAAAGAUGGAGUUUGUCCUGGCCUGGGACAUGCCCCGCAUUCAUUUUAAGGGCAACGGCCACUCCUACAACAGGCGCUACACACGCUGGUUUGGUCACGACGGCAAGGCGGCUAUCAAACUGUGCAGCUAUGCUCUACGCAGCUACAGCCGUUGGGAGAAGGCAAUAGAGUCCUGGCAGAAACCGAUCCUUGAUGAAGAAUCUUACCCAGCUUGGUACAAGUCUGCGUUGUUCAAUGAGCUGUAUUUCAUGACAGAUGGUGGCUCCAUCUGGGUUGAAUCGCAGGAAGACCAAGCUAGCAGUAGUGCAGGGGACAGGACGCAAGACCCAUCUUCUAGAAUAGCCAAACUCAAAAAGGACAUGGGCAUGUUUGCCUACCUUGAGGGUCAUGAGUACAGAAUGUUCAACACAUAUGACGUUCAUUUCUAUGCGUCCUUUGCCCUGACCAUGUUGUGGCCACAACUUCAGUUAUGUUUCCAAGACUUUAUUGGGACUUGUGUCCAUGCAACAGAUGACGAAUCCUAUUACCAGAUAGCCAGUGGCCAACCAGCCAAACGGAAGCUGGCUAACUGUGUACCACAUGACAUUGGAGAUCCUGAGGAGGAACCAUGGAAACGAAUCAACGGUUACUACCAGCAUGAUACCUGCAAGUGGAAAGACCUAAACCUCAAGUUUGUCCUGAUUACUUUCCGGGACUUCUACCAAAUCCAAGACCUCGCAUUUCUCAGGGAGAUGUACCCAAAGUGCAAGGCUGUCAUGGAAACAGCCAAGCUACAAGACAUUGACGACGAUGGUUUGAUUGACAAUUCUGGUACAGCUGAUCAGACUUACGAUUCCUGGGCCAUGACAGGAGCAAGUGCAUACUGCGGUGGAUUGUGGUUAGCUGCCCUGCGUUGUAUGGUGGAAAUGGCUCACAUUCUAGGCCAUGAGGACACCGAUGCCUCCGAAUAUUCCGCACUACUAGACAAGGGCCGGAAGUCUUAUGAAGACAAACUCUGGAAUGGCAAGUAUUACAACUAUGAUAGCAACAGCAAGACCUGCAUGGCUGACCAGACCGCUGGCCAGUGGUACUUGAGGGCUUGCAAUCUGACCAAAGACCGGUCAGGUGUGGACAUCUUCCCCACAGACCAUGUGCUUAGUGCACUCGAGACUAUCUACCAGAAGAAUGUCUUGCCCUUCAGGGAGGGGCUGCUCGGGGCCACAAAUGGGGUGAAACCUAACGGGAAAAUCGACUACUCUGCCAGCUUACAGUGUGAGGAGGUGUGGACUGGGGUGACGUAUGGCCUAGCUGCUCACAUGAUCCAAGAGGGACUGGUGAAAAAAGGCUUUCAAACAGCCAGUGGGAUCUACCACACCUGCUACAAUCGAGCAGGCUUGGGUUUCCAGACUCCAGAAGCAAUCUUGGAGACGCAACACUUCCGGUCCACGGGCUACAUGCGCCCUCUAGCCAUCUGGGCCAUGCAGUGGGCCCUGGAGAACCGUCACAACAGGGCAGCGUCCGAGGACACCACAAAUUAAAGUCUGGCAAACCAGAUAUACAACCAACAGGCCUAGGGAUGAAUGAAACGACCAUUUUAGUAUUACUUGUGCACACUGGUGGGUAUUUGUCAGUGAGGUAAUAUACAUUUUGUAGUAGGAGUGUAGUGCAUACAUGUACUGAUAUAAUUCUAAAACUUAAACUGCUUCCAAAUUAUCGUGAAAUGAAACUCUGAAAUGUUCCAGUUUUUUAUGAUUACAUCAAAUGGCAUUUCAAAAAGGAGUAGAACUAUAUUUUUUUAAAAUUUAACUUAACUCUUGAAACGAGUUGUUAGGUUUCCCAAAUGAUCAUGAUUGUACACAUAUUUUUUACUAACUUACAGAUAUAUAUGUAUUGUUUUUCAUGAUACAUGUAUACAAUUUUUCCUAGAGGUAGACAUUAUUUUUAGCUUAAAAAUAACUGAAAUGUAUGUGUGGUGUCUUGCCCCUUCGCCAUUCCUGCCAGACUUUUAUGUCAUAAUAAUCAAUCAUGAAAUUGCAACACUGAAAUUUCGUCUUUUUGUAACAAAUAAAUAGCGUAGAACAAGAUCUUUGAUUGGCUGGUUACCUUUAAAAUGAACUGUUUAAGUGUCUUAGUUACCGAUUGGCCAGUUGUAUGGGUACUGAGUUUCUGGUUUACUAAAAUAGAAAGAUUCCUGUACAAACGUUCUCGACAGGGAAAAGCAUAGCAGUGUUGAGAGAUUUUACAAUGUUACGUGUAUUCACGGUCCUGUUCUCGCGCAAAGAUGGCUCUAUAUAACCCAGCAUAAAAGGUCUCAAAAUUAACAAAAUCUUGCAAUCGUGGUAGCAUCUGAAAAAGCAUGUGAUCCUCUAUCCAUUUAUAUCAAUAUUAGCUGUAGUUGGGGGAAUAUCUGUAAAGGUGAAAUCCCAGUACUUCGGCAAGAAUCAAAACAAUCUUACUUUCUCUAAGUUUUUCUUUUGACUUUUGCAGCAUUACUGACAUUUGUUUUAAUUUUACCAUCAAAAAUAAUUGGCAAUUUUCCAUUGAAAUUGAAUUCAUUAUGCAACUGCACUUGUUUAUGUACAGAAAUUUUGUCAGUUUUCAAUUACUGGUACCAUAAACCAUGAUUAUUUGUACAACUUCUGUACAAUUCUUCUGAAACUUUUGUAUAAUUAGCACAAUCCUGAUUUCAUGUACAAUUCGUUCCGCAGUCAACUUUAAUAAUGGCAUCGAUGGGUGGGCUCAAAAUAAUAACCAGCUGUUAAAAUGUUGAGUGUUCUGAAAUAUAUGUGCCUCAGAACAAUUAUAUGUGCAGCUCCAGUGUAUUAAAUUGAACUGGUAUGAUGGUGUUUGGGCUCUACAAAUGAGAAACUUUGUUAGAUAUUCAGACAUAAUAUGAGUCAGUAUAUAGCACACUGGAUUAUUUGUACACCUGAAGUCAGUUAAAGAUAACAAAAGAAUAACAUUGAUAUUUCCGGGCUUAAGAAUGACAAAAUUAAAGGUAAAUAUUCUGAAAUAUCUGCAUACCCGUAAGUCCGUUUAUUUAGAUUCCUCUUAGCAAGGAUCUUAGAAAUGAAUGGCCUUGUAUGUUAUAUCGGUAGAUGGCCUUAAGCCUACUGGUACCCUGGAAAAUCUGUUUUCAGGAGCAUUAUGGCUUUUGUAGAACCUCAGUCAGGGCUGUUAACUGCGGAGACUUGUGUGGUAGUGUAUCUCGAGAAAUAAAGCUGU